GAAACGGUCCCAGGAAUCAGCGGCGGAGUGAGUCCUCGCCUCUGUGCUGUCUCUGCAGUCACAUGACAGCGGUGUGACCCUCCGGACGCCCCGCUCCUCUCUCCUCCCUCUGCCCGUCACACUCGUCUGUUUUCCGGCUGAGGGUCUGGGUGUGUGUCGGCGUCAGCUUCCAUCACAACCCGCCGCAGGACCCACGCGAACAUGGCGGACAUCACCAGGGAGCCUGCACCGGAGCGCACCGACUUCCAGGAGCUGGAGGAGGCCGAGGACCUGUUCCCGGAGCCGGCGGCCGCACGGGAGGAGUCAGGACCAGCCAGUCUUCCUGCUGAAGACAUCAGCACCAACUCAAACGGACCCAAACAAGAUUCACUCUUUGAUGACGACCCCGAAGACCUGUUUGCAGAGGCCACAGAGGAGGUUUCGUUGGACAGUCCAGAGAGGGACGUCCUGUUGUCCGACGGUCCGUCCCCCGCCAUCACCCCCAUCACCCCCCCGACCUCCGUCAUCACCCCUUGCAUCGGUCAUGAUGACAUGUUCACACACUCCUCCUUUGAUGAGAUCGAAGAGGAGGAGGUCGACGAUUCAUUCGAUAUGCAGAUAUCAGUGUCUGACCCUGAGAAAGUUGGUGAUGGGAUGAAUGCGUACAUGGCGUAUAAAGUGACGAUCAAGACCUCCAUCUCUCUGUUCAAACAAGAUGAGUUUUCAGUAAAAAGGCGUUUCAGUGAUUUUCUGGGUCUGCACAGUAAACUGGCCUCGAAGUAUCUGCACAUAGGAUACAUAGUGCCUCCUGCACCAGAGAAAAGCAUUGUGGGAAUGACCAAGGUGAAGGUGGGAAAGGAAGACCAGUCGUCCAACGAGUUCGUGGAGAAGAGGAGGUCGGCACUGGAGAGGUAUCUGAUGAGGACAGUGAAACAUCCCGUUCUGCUGAAGGAUCCGGACGUCCUGCAGUUUCUGGAGAGCUCAGAUGUAAAUAACUCAACAACACGUUUCCCUCUGAGAACCCUUUUUAACUUAUGUUGCACUUUUCUCUGUCACGCCUUCCUGCAUCAGGAGAUAGAGGAGUUGGAGGGGAAGGUGCAGCAGGGAGAGAGAGACUUUGAACAAAUCUCCAAAACCAUCCGUAAAGAAGUCAGCAGGUUUGAGAAAGAGCGAGUGAAGGAUUUUAAAACAAUCAUAAUCAAAUAUCUGGAGUCUCUGGUUCAGACACAACAACAGCUGAUAAAAUACUGGGAGGCCUUCUUACCCGAGGCCAAAGCCAUCUCAUAGAGUCACGUGACCGGAUCGGGUCAAACUACACUACCCAUAAUGCACCUGUCCUCCUGGGCCUCCCUCCUCCUGAAGAAGAGGCAGCUCAAAGUGACAUUUCAAACAAAACAGACAAAACUCUUUGAUUUCCUCUUUCAUUGGUCUUCUUGUUUCCUGUGCCGCGCUCAGGUCCCGUCAGUUCAAAACUCAAAUAUUAAUAUAUUAAUAUCUCACUCACGGUUUCAUUCUUCAUGACGUCAGUAAGAGAAAGUAGAUUUUCAUCAGAAAACUACAAUUAAGUUACUGCGCCGGCUUCGUCACACGCAGAUUCUUAUAUGACGUCACUUCCUGCCUCAUUUCUUCGCUUUUUUAACCGAGAAUGUGAACAGAACUUUACUGCAGGACCCUGAACGCCUCACGCAGCUCCACCACUGCAGUCAGCUGUUUUCACAUAAACAACGUUUCCAACUUUAUCAGAACUUUAAACCUGAAAACAAACGUCACGUCUCAAUAUCUUUAUUUUGGCGUUUGGAACUCGAUCUGUGAAACUGAUGUGAGUCGGUGAUGAAGGACGACAGACCUCAUCCUCUCUUAUUUUGUGUCUCUUACUUCCUGUCACCGGUCCCCCUUGCUUCCUGUCGCGCCUUUCAAAACAAGAGCCUUUGUUUGUGUUGCUGUAUGAUCGUGAGUGAAGGCAACAUUCUGCGUCUGAUCCUUUUUGUCGACUUGUGAUGUUGUUCAGUGAAAUGAAGGAUUUCCUCUUGACGGAGGCUGAAGUGGUUUCAGGUUUGAGUGAGUGUGUGUGUGUGUGUGUGUGUGUGUGUCCGUGUGUGUCCGUCCAGAGAUCAGAGUGUGAAGACUCCCCCUGAUUUUUAUUUUUGUUGAAUUCAGAGUUCGUUUCAUUUCAACAGAUUAUAGGUGAUUUUUAAAACUGGAAAUAUUUAUGAUUUUCUUUCUCCUUCACUGCUCCUGAAUCUGAAAUCAUGUAGCAGUGCUGAUUCUACCUUUUCUAUUUCAUUCUCCUUUAUUUCACAUCACUUGCUUCCUGAUGGUGUGCAAAGUUUUUACUGAUUGUUUUUUGUUUAUUUUGAAAAUGAUGAAAUGCUAAAUCUUCGGUUUGGCGUGACGUUUCCGUGGCAGAGCAGAUGUUUGAGUACUUUAAUUAUAAUAAAGGAAUGUAUCUCAUCCA